CAGCGGCGGACUCACCUACUCGGCUUCGCUCAAGUACAAGCUGGCGUGCGGGGCGGUGGUGAUCGUCUUCCAGGGCAGGUACUCCGAGUUCUACUACCCCGCCUUGCAGCCCGGCACACACCUCCUCUCCUUCCCGGAAGCCCCCCGCGACCAGCUCCUCUCACACAUCGCCCCACGCAUCAAGGCCGCCAUAACCCGCCUGGAGACAUCCCCGCCGCCUCCGCAGCAGCAAAAGCAUGCAGACACCUCGCCCCCACAACAUGGAGACACCUCGCCCCCGCCGCCCGCCUCCCCAUUACCGCCGCCCGCAUCCACGCCACCUCAUUUGGCGUUGGCUGCUCGCGAGUUUGCGGUACGACAGCUAAGCGAAGCUGCGCUUGGGUGUUACUGGUACAAGGCGCUUCUGGCGUAUGGGGGACUGUACUUUGCUGAGAGCGGGGCGCAUGUUCCGAAGGAGGUACAGCUGGGGUGAAGGUUAGGGUAGACGAUAGUGCAGCAGCGUGUGAGAGGUAGGUAGGGGCGUUGUUGUACGUACCACGACAGACCAGCAUGCGUAGCCAUGUGGUUGCGGUUGGUUAUGCUGGUGAAUGUGUAUGUGUGUGUUGACUGAUGAGUUUUGGGCUUGGGGGCGUGUGCGUGCUUGGGGUGCGGUGGUGUGCCGCCUGCUGUGCCACAUACACCACCUCUUCUAGCGCCUGUGUAUGUAGCGGUGUGCAUGGGAGGAUGCUGGCAUGUACGCCUCUGUCAUUGCUUGCCCCCCAUGUGUGCCCUCCCCGGUACUUGUGCAUAUUGCAUGUUGGGUAGAGAUAUUUUCCGUGCGCUAGAGUCUGCCAGUCAACUGUUAAACCUCAUAUGCUGUACACUCGCGUGCCGUACAUUCAGGUGCAUGUCGUACAAUCACUUGCGUUUGUGCAUGCUGGGUUGCGAGUGGGAAGGUCCA